AUGAGGAAACGGAGACGCUGGAGAAAUAUCCAGUACUUCCUGGCCCUUUACUUAGUUGCGCUGACAUUUGGGAACUUGAAACGUGCUAAAGGAGCUGAAGCGCAGCAAAACGGAACAACAAAUCGUGCUCGUGGAUUAAAAUCUAUCGGAAAUAAUAACAAUGGAAAUAAUCAUUACAAUCCACACUAUUUGGAUGAAAAACUUCGAAAAGUUCGCGACGUUGAUGAAAUGAGAUUAAAAAGAAUUGAAAAGAGAGAUCAAUUGGAGAAAAGCAGUGAGAUAGUUAAUAAAGCGGUAGAAGAAGCUAAAGCAGCUUCAGAAGCUCAAGGAAUGGCUGCGCAACAGGCUGCUCAUCAAGUAAAGUCUCAAUUAGCAGACAGAGCGAUUCGUGCUGCAAAAGCCGCCGAAGCAGCAUUGUCGGGUAAAAUAGCUUUGUUAGAACAGUUGGGUGAAGAAACUAAAGAAGCGCAAAUAGUGUUCCAAGAUGGCAGUUUAGAGUUGGAACAAAUACGAAAAAGUACGAAUGCAGCUAUACGCGUGGCGCGUGACUCAAGACAGCAGUUACAAAUGCUGACCAAAGCUGUAAAUAUGGUAAAAACAAGUAUGAGGAAUGCGGAUGUGUCUGUCGUCGGGGCUAAACGAUCGCUGACAAGCAAACAAAAACUACUGGGGGCUGCGAAAAAACGUGUCGAAGACUUAGUCGAGAGACUGCACGUCGCAGAAGAUGAUCUUAUAAAAAUACGUAGUGUUGCCAUUAAAGCUCAAGAAUUUGCUCGCAAUGCAAGAUCUAAAGUUAAUCGUAUUGCAGCUAACAGUGCCCGAGAAUUGCGAGAAGCAGGUGAGAACAAGGCAACGAAUAUCGCUCAAGAUGCUGCCAAUGAAGCUAAAGCUGCAUCAGAUAUUCAAAAUGCAGCUGCUGCUGAAGCUUCUCGUCAGAUAAAAGCUCAACUAGCGGACAAAGCUUCAUCUGCUGCAAAAACUGCUGAAGCGAUAUUGAUUGGAAAAAUGUCUGUUGUAACGCAACUGCAACAAGAAGUAAAAGAAGCUCAAUCUGUUGUUGAUGAAGAAGUCGGUUCAAUUCGACGAGCUAAGGAUUUAGUUAAAUCUGCUGUCCUGGCAGCUCAGCAAAUUGGUGAAGAAUAUAAAACACUGAGUCGGUCUUUGAGCACGUUGACAAAAAACGUCGAAGUCUCGGAAGAAGCAUCCCAAGGAGCAAGACGUGAGCUUAUCGAGCAAGAACAGCUAGUGAAUGAUGCACGCCGGCGUCUCCAUGAAUUGACCAAAAGGACGCGACAAGCGAAACGUGAUCUUGAAAAUACGAAGAUUGCGGUAAUGAAGGCCAAUGCCGCUGCUAGAUUAGCCCAAGAGAAUGCCGCGAGGAUCAAGUCGCGAUUCGCUUCAUUCGAUAAAUCUCAAUAG